UUGAACAAAAUGGCGGACUGUGCAGAUUCAUACUUUAGAGAUGUGACCAUAGAUUUUGGUGAUGGGAGAGCCACAUUUACAGUGGAUUUACCAACCUGGAAUGCCAUUGAAAGGCAAGAUGCCGAAGUACUUCAGAAGUUAAAGCAAGCCUAUCUGGAGUUGGGGGAGAUGUGCUGCUCGAAGGAGUCUUCAUCUUGUGUGACAGCUACAUGUACAACUUCGACAACAUCUGCUACAUCUUGUGUGACAGCUACAUGUACAACUUCGACAACAUCUGCUACGACCAACACAAUAGCGUCCACAUCAAAGGAAGUGCCAAAAAAAGUCCCGCUGUGUUGGCCUGAGUCUGCAUCCAGUGUGCUAGUUGGCUUGAGAAGUGAAAGAGAUUACCGGUUUCAUCAAUGCAAAGCCCACAAACCCAUAUGGGAGGAGAUCGCAAGAGAAGUGCCUAUUGACUGUAGCGGUGAGCAAUGUUCCAAUAAAUGGAAGAGCUUGAAAAGAACAUACAUGGAGACAGUAGACCACAAUUCCAAAAUAGGGAAUGAUAGGAAAGACUGUAAAUUCUAUAAUGAAUUCAAUGAGCUGUAUGGGAAUAAGCCAUCAACAAAGCCAACCUUUGUGAUGGAUUCAGGAACCACAGCUUGUACUGUUAACGAGUCAGAUACUUCAGACCACGAGGAGCAGGCAGCCCCACUUGCUGCCCCAGCUGCUAGUCAGUUAGCUACUGCUAGUGAUGAGGUUGCCCCUAAAAAGAAGGCAAAGAAGCUUGGGAGGAAAAGUCCUACGAUUGCAUGGCUUGACAAAUAUGCAGAGGUUCAGAGGGCAGAGGCAAAUCGUCGCCACGAGGAAAAGAUGCGACGUUUCGACCGCCUUCUUGACAUCUUAGAAAAGAAUGAGGCCUGAAGAGCAAAAUGCAUAAUAUUCUGUGUUCCAUUCCACUUAGUACAGGAUCUUUGAUCAGAGCCCAAUUUCAUGGCCCUGAUUAACCUAAACAGAGAAUCGGUCCCAAUGGUAUCAGGAAAUUUUACAGGGUAUUUAACUGGUAAGAUGCUUACGGAUUUCAUGAAAUUGGGCCCAGGUCAUUUGUUGUAUAUAAUGGCUUUUCUUUAAAACGUUUGGCUGUCACAUUUAGAAGGCAGACGUACUAAUAUGAAAAUUUACAGUUGUAGCAUUAGUGUUGAAUAUCAAAUCAUAUCUUGCAUGUAGUGCACACAGUGCAAAAGAUAACAUUAUAUAAUUGUUGCACGCUGUGAUGUGGUACAUGGCGUUUUGUGCACCCAAGGGAACGAAUGGCACCCAAGGCGAAACAAUUGUUUUGUUAUAUCACGUCUUGGAUAGUGUGAUUUACCGUUUGGCGCUGGAAAGUGAAAGAAUCUUGUUUCAACUAGAUUCUCCAUGGCACGUACGUACGUGUAAAGAAUCGCCUUUUUCAGCGGUGAGUUUCACUGUUCCCGACGCGCACUCCAGCAUAUAAAAACGCACUUAAAUUUUGGCGCACACCAGUGAGACGAUCUAGUUUUUUUUACUGUUCAGUGUUAAUGUUAACCGGUAGGGUUACAGUGCAUCCUGGUACCCUGACACGUGACGGUUCUUGACCAAUGAAAUUGCACUAUCCAAGGACGUGAUAUAACAAACAGUACUGUACAUUAACACAGAAUUGAAGGCAAACUUAUGGUAUUGAAAUAUAUUAUUUGCUUGUUUUUAUUCAUCUCACACAGUCUUCACCCUAAUUCAAUUCUUUUUUAUACUUCAUUGUUGUAUUAUUUAUUUACUGU